AUGUACAAUGAAUUCGAGACAGGGAACGAAUCCCUUGUGCACGGUACACCUUUGUGUAAGUGGGACGAGAAGAAGACUACAUUGACGGCUGCCUUAAAUCCUGUAUUAACGAAAUAUGAAAGUAUUAAAGAUGAUAUUGAGCACAUUGCAAAAGCUUGGUGUAGCAUAAUUAAUGGAGCACAGGACCAAAGUGAAGGAGGGAAGAAAAUGGAAGGUGAUUUUUAUUAUCUAUUUUACUAUUGGUUGGGUGAUAAAGUAUGGAAAAGUGAACGGGAAAGUAAGCCGUUUUCAGAUGUUAUGAAUGAAAUUUAUACUGCACUCAAAGAGGUGCAUAGCAGUAUUCAGUAUGGAGAAAUUUGCACGAAAGAUAUUGACCAAAGCACUUUCAACGAAAUGAAACUAGCAUAUGAGUAUUAUAUGGACCAUGAAAAAAUAAAGGAACAAUUAGAAGGUGCUAAGCGUGAGGGUUAUCCUUGUACUGUUCAGUACAGUGAACUUCUGGAUAAAACUGUUUCAGCUUAUAAUAAUGUGUAUGGAAGUCUACAUGGUGAGGAACGUAGUGGUAAUCGCUAUUGUGACAAAUUUAAAGAAAUGUUCAACCAUUACGAUACCGUCAAUCCUCAAGAAAUAAAAUGUGAGAACGUAUAUACGGAAAAAUCGACAGCCGAUAUAGGUACCACUGCAGCCAUUUCCUCCAUAGUAGGAAUAGGAGCAUUACCAACAAUAGCCUACCUUCUUUAUAAAGUGAGUAAAUAUAAUAUAUUACCUUCAUGGAUUAGUAACCAUUUUGGAGGAGGCAACAGUAAUAGAAACAGAACCAACAGGAAAAAAAGAACAAUUGAAAACGACUUUGAUACGUUAACUGACACUUCAACACUUUAUUCAACAGACUUGUCAACAACUUCAACCGAAGACAAUUCUACCAUAUACAAUGAAAGGGAAGAACAAACAAUAGACCACAACAACAAAGGAAACCACAACAGAGACAAAGACAACAACAAAAGCAGACGUCAAGAAAUAUUAGUUAUGACCCUCCAUUAA